CACGCGAACCUUCGCUUCUGUUUCACCGGGAAAACAGGGGCCCCGUUGUGAAAAAGACAAUAAUCCUCGUGGUCGCGGGAGCCAUCGGCAGUCCCCGGCAAAGGCACCGGAACCCCCACUGCCCUGUUCCUAAGAAUGGCGACCCCGACCACCCGUCCGGGGCGCAGCACUCGCCACCACCGGGAGCCGCUGCUGCAUACCGGCCACUACUCCUCCCGCUCCUCCGCUCGCCGGCCGUGGUCGAUGGCCGGCGGUGCCGGAUGGAUCCAUCCUUACAGGAGCCGGCGGGCGGUCGUGGUGGUUGUCGGUGGCGGCGUCGCCGGCGCGCUCAUCGCCAACUCCCUCCAGAGCUACGCCGACGUCGUCAUAAUCGACCCGAAGGAGUACCUUGAAAUUCCAUGGACUAACAUGAGAUCAAAGGUGGAGCCAUCUGUUGCUGAGAAAUCAUUAAUUAACCACAGUGAUUACUUGAGCGGUCAAGUCAUUACAGCCUCUGCUGCUGAUAUAAGUGGAGAGGCUGUGAUCAGAACAGAGGGUCGUUUGGUGGAGUACACAUACCUUGUCAUAGCCGCAGGUCACACAAAUCAGUGUCCACGAAACAGGAGAGACUGACUAGAACAGUUUCAAGAAGAUGACGUGAAGAUAAAAUAUUCCGAUUCGAUUCUUAUUGUUGGGGGUGAGCCAUCAGGCGUUGAGCUUGCUGCUGAAAUAGCUGUGAAUUAUCCAGACAACAAGGUGACACUGGUUCAUGACAGACCAAGGUUGUUGGAAUCUGUUGGUCAAAAAGCUGGUGGUAAGGCACUGCUUUGGCUGAGAUCAAAGAAUGUUGAAGUUUAUUUGGAGCAGUCGAUCGAUCUAGAGUCCAUGUCAGAGGGAGACAGGCUCUACAGGACGUCGUCGGGGAUAGAGAUAACAGCUGAUUGCUGCUUCUCGUGCCUCGACAGACCACUGAGUUCAUCAUGGAUUAGAGGUUCUGAGCUGAAAGAUUGCUUGGACAAUGAUGGAAGAUUGAUGGUUGAUGUAAAUCUAAGAGUGAAAGGCCAGCUUAAUAUUUUUGCCGCUGGUGAUAUCAUUGACAUUCCGGUAAGUUCAUACUGUACUUCCGUUUCUGCUGUUGAAGUUCCACCUGAUGCGUUCAUAGCAUUUACCAAUUUCCAUUAUGCAACACAAGGUUGGUUAGUAGUAUAGUACCUUUUGGUCAAUAUAUUACGGCACAUGUGGUUUUAGAAAGUUCUGACCUGUCAAGC